GGGAGUUCUCAGCUUGCAUUUUCUACUCCUCCACGUCGCCCCUACAACAGGUCUUUUGUACAGCCCACUUUGCUUUACAAAAUUAACAAGCUCUUCUUUGGACGCUGUCGAACUCUUUCCCUAUGUGUUGACAUUUCUUCUCCAUGCGUUGUUUACCGUCACGUUCCAGUAGGCGCAUCGCUGCUGUAUCCUCACCCUCAUCUGCUGCAUUGGGAAGGUUGUCUGUUUGUUGUCUGCUUUGCUAGCUCAGUGCUGCUUAUACACGUUCUGAUGUCGUUUUCUGACAUGUUUCUUUACAACAACAGUGUCGUAGCUCCUUCUCCUGAACUUGGUCGUACUGAGAUUGUUUCCUAUGCGCGGAAAACUGGAAGUCCAAGUGUUGCGCGUCGUCCUGCAGUUACUCUUGCAAAAACCGAUGUUCCAAUAUCGUCCCUUGAGAUCCCUACUGGACAUCCUUUGCCAACCGAAUCGGCGAAUCCUGACUCUGGAAAUCUUAAUGGCCUCGGUGUCAAUUUGCAGACAACAACACUUCAGCCUUUGUCACAGCAAUCUGUGUCUAUACAUCCUGCACCUGUACGUCGCCGUCGCUUGGUUGUUUCUUCUGAUGAAGACGAACCUGUUGUCCCUUUGGAAUUGCAAGACUUGGACGUUGAACUUCCACUGCAAGAACAGGCUAUUGAAAACUCUUCGACUUGUCCUGUUCCUACCGUUGACUCUGCUUUGCCUUCUCCUCUUCUUGCUGGCCAAGAAGUUCCGCUACUUCCAGUGGGGAAAACUAAUCCUGGGAGGGCAAAGCGAAUUAGGACACCGUCUGCAAAGGCCAUUGAAGCAUCUGUGGAUGCCUCUAAGAGGAAGCCAAAAACUCCAAAGUCGUCUGCUAAGGAACCUGCUAAGAAGCAACUGUUUGCUGAUUGACCAUGCUUCGCAUCAUGCGAGUGCUAAUGUAACAUGUUUGUGCAGUGCUGUCCCUCCCUUUCUUUUGUGUCACUUUUAAAGGGAAACACUCUUUAGUGAGUAGUGCACUAUGUACUUUUGCCUUUUGUAUCUACAUUUGCAGCCCUUGCCAAACUUGUGGUGUUCCAUUACUG